CGGACGCAGCCCCAGGAGGACCCAGAAGCCCGCAGUCCCGCGGUAGGGCCCCGGGAAAGGGCGGUCCAGUGGUCCAGGCCCUCCGAGGCGAGCCGGCGGCCGACGAAAGACCCUCCCCAGUGUUGAGCUGUGAGGAUCCCGCCCUCUUUCUCAGGGCAGAGCCAGAGGAAAAAGGAAACAACCCCAUCUUCUCUCCCGGGGCACCAUUUUUAUUUAUUUUAAACAAUAAGAUAUAUGCAGGCAGCUUCCAGGGAGAGGGCAGAUCCAGGUUACCACUUACUACGCCUCUGGUUUAAACAGAUCAGAGUCCAGGAGGGCCGUUCAAAAGCGCAAGAGCCUCUUAAAGCACCUCCGAGGAGGCCCAAGCGACACGCCAGGCAUUGUGUGCCCACCCGCGUGAGGGGAUUCGGCUUGAGACUCCAGGCUGGUCCCAAGUCGGGCAUGAGGAGGGGUGUCAGCCCCUUCCCCCCAUCUGCCCACUCAGCCUUUGCCCCUGACAUGUGGGUACAGCAACGGUAACUGGCCUUCUAAACAUAGCUAUGCUUUAAUAUUAUGCUGACCCAAAAGAAACAUUUGUACAGUCCUCAGUUCAGCAGAUAAGGAGGAGAUGCAGCUGUCCAAAGAGUAAACAGACUGCAAUUGGAAAGACUCAGCCGCAUCCCAGAGCACACACAAGGUGGGAGUUCUUUCUUCGUGGAGUUCACAUUAAUUAGGAGCUACAACUGCUUCAGGAAGAAGCUGAAGUAGCCUAUAACCAGUUAAUUUGUGUGAGAUUCAUUUAAAAAAACCUCGAAGUUAAAUUGAUUUUAUAUUCAUUCUUGAAAAUUCACCAAAGGUAUCUUUGUACUUGAAGUGCUAGUGCAAGAAAACUACCUAAGAUCUUUUGACUCAGCCCUUAAAUGAUUGGAGACUGGAAGUGGAGUGGACUGCAUCUACCUCUCUUUGAUGUCUGAGCUUAUAUUACUCAUGUAUGUUUUUAAGGUCCUAGAUGGACUAUCCAGUUUGUUACAAUAAUACACAGAUUAGGUUAACAGGAGUCCCAGGAACAUAUUUCAUCAAAACAUACACUUGUUUUAAAUUCCAGCUGUUAAGAUUUGUUUGAUAGUGCCAGACAAGCAUGGACUAGUAUUUAUGGAAAAUAAACAAUUUAUUCCAUGCUUUAGAAGUAGAUAUUUCCUUAGGUCUCAGUUUUAGUAAGAGCAAAUACAGUUAACCCAGAAGCCAUGGUUCAAUUGAUUUUGGAAGCAAACUGAACACACACAAUUUGUUUUUAUGAAAAAUUACUAAAAGUUAAAUGAUCAACAGGUUGUAAAAUUUACAGUGAUACUGAGAAGUGCAAAUAUUACCAAAUGAACGAAUGAAGAACAUUUCUCCAAAUGGCUUUUCUACAACAGGUACAUUUAAAAUAAAUCCAUAAUUUUUGAUAUUUACAUUUUGCAUACCACAGAAGCCAAAAGAAAGAAUACAUUUCUUUUUUAGAACUGAAGUUCUCUUUUUUAAAAAAAUAGCUUUAAAAAAGUUAAACCUAACCAUAAACUUAAAGAGAAAUUUUACCAAAACGUUCUUUCAAGGCUGAGCUCUUAAUUCAGUUCCAAAUAUUGUAACACAAAAAGACGUCUGUCCCCCUAUUUUAUAAAGUAACAACAUUUCAUUAAACGUGAAUGAAAUAUUGUGAAAGUGUGUUUACGUUUAAAAUGUUGGAUUCGCUUGGCAGGAAAGAAAAACCUGUAAGAAAGAACAGUUGCAUUUAAAAUGGAUGAUCUGACACCUUCCGGUUCCUUAAUACAAAAUUACAAAGCGAGAAGACAAGGGGAACAAAACCAGCUGGAUCCAUCCAUCACCGUGGGUGGUUUUAAUUUUUCGUUUUUCUCGUUAAUUUUUUUUUAAACAACCACUCUUCACAAUGAACAAACUGUAUAUCGGAAACCUCAGCGACAACGCCGCCCCCUCGGACCUAGAAAGUAUCUUCAAGGACGCCAAGAUCCCGGUGUCGGGACCCUUCCUGGUGAAGACUGGCUACGCGUUCGUGGACUGCCCGGACGAGAGCUGGGCCCUCAAGGCCAUCGAGGCGCUUUCAGGUAAAAUAGAACUGCACGGGAAACCCAUAGAAGUUGAGCACUCGGUCCCAAAAAGGCAAAGGAUUCGGAAACUUCAGAUACGAAAUAUCCCGCCUCACUUACAGUGGGAGGUGCUGGAUAGUUUACUAGUCCAGUAUGGAGUGGUGGAGAGCUGUGAGCAAGUGAACACUGACUCGGAAACUGCAGUUGUAAAUGUAACCUAUUCCAGUAAGGACCAAGCUAGACAAGCACUAGACAAACUGAAUGGAUUUCAGUUAGAGAAUUUCACCUUGAAAGUAGCCUAUAUCCCUGAUGAAAUGGCCGCCCAGCAAAACCCCUUGCAGCAGCCCCGAGGUCGCCGGGGGCUUGGGCAGAGGGGCUCCUCAAGGCAGGGGUCUCCAGGAUCUGUGUCCAAGCAGAAACCAUGUGAUUUGCCUCUGCGCCUGCUGGUUCCCACCCAAUUUGUUGGAGCCAUCAUAGGAAAAGAAGGUGCCACCAUUCGGAACAUCACCAAACAGACCCAGUCUAAAAUCGAUGUCCACCGUAAAGAAAAUGCAGGGGCUGCUGAGAAGUCAAUUACUAUCCUCUCUACACCUGAAGGCACCUCUGCAGCUUGUAAGUCUAUUCUGGAGAUCAUGCAUAAGGAAGCUCAAGAUAUAAAAUUCACAGAAGAGAUCCCCUUGAAGAUUUUAGCUCAUAAUAACUUUGUUGGCCGUCUUAUUGGUAAAGAAGGAAGAAAUCUUAAAAAAAUUGAGCAGGACACAGACACUAAAAUCACGAUAUCUCCAUUGCAGGAAUUGACGCUGUAUAAUCCAGAACGCACCAUUACAGUUAAAGGCAAUGUUGAGACGUGUGCCAAAGCUGAGGAAGAGAUCAUGAAGAAAAUUAGGGAGUCUUAUGAAAAUGAUAUUGCUUCUAUGAAUCUUCAAGCACAUUUAAUUCCUGGAUUAAAUCUGAACGCCUUGGGUCUGUUCCCACCCACUUCAGGGAUGCCACCUCCCACCUCAGGGCCCCCUUCAGCCAUGACUCCUCCCUACCCACAGUUUGAGCAAUCAGAAACGGAGACUGUUCAUCUCUUUAUCCCGGCUCUAUCAGUCGGUGCCAUCAUUGGCAAGCAGGGCCAGCACAUCAAGCAGCUUUCUCGCUUUGCUGGAGCUUCAAUUAAGAUUGCUCCAGCAGAAGCACCAGAUGCUAAAGUGAGGAUGGUGAUUAUCACUGGACCACCAGAGGCUCAGUUCAAGGCUCAGGGAAGAAUUUAUGGAAAAAUUAAAGAAGAAAACUUUGUUAGUCCUAAAGAAGAGGUGAAACUUGAAGCUCAUAUCAGAGUGCCAUCCUUUGCUGCUGGCAGAGUUAUUGGAAAAGGAGGCAAAACGGUGAAUGAACUUCAGAAUUUGUCAAGUGCAGAAGUUGUUGUCCCUCGUGACCAGACACCUGAUGAGAAUGACCAAGUGGUUGUCAAAAUAACUGGUCACUUCUAUGCUUGCCAGGUUGCCCAGAGAAAAAUUCAGGAAAUUCUGACUCAGGUAAAGCAGCACCAACAACAGAAGGCUCUGCAAAGUGGACCACCUCAGUCAAGACGGAAGUAAAGGCUCAGGAAACAGCCCACCACAGAGGCAGAUGCCAAACCAAAGACAGAUUGCUUAACCAACAGACGGGCGCUGACCCCCUAUCCAGAAUCACAUGCACAAGUUUUUACCUAGCCAGUUGUUUCUGAGGACCAGGCAACUUUUGAACUCCUGUCUCUGUGAGAAUGUAUACUUUAUGCUCUCUGAAAUGUAUGACACCCAGCUUUAAAACAAACAAACAAAAAAGGGUAGGGGAGGGAGGGAAAGAGAAGAGCUCUAUGCACUUCCCUUUGUUGUAGUCUCACAGUAUAACAGAUAUUCUAAUUAUUCUUAAUAUUCCCCCAUAAUGCCAGAAAUUGGCUUAAUGAUGCUUUCACUAAAUUCAUCAAACAGAUUGCUCCUAAAUCCAAUUGUUACAAUUGGAUCAGAAUAAUUAUCACAGGAACUUAAAUGUUAAGCCAUUAGCAUAGAAAAACUGUUCUCAGUUUUAUUUUUACCUAACACUAACAUGAGUAACCUAAGGGAAGUGCUGAAUGGUGUUGGCAGGGGUAUUAAAUGUGCAUUUUUACUCAACUACCUCAGGUAUUCAAUAAUACAAUGAAAAGCAAAAUUGUUCCUUUUUUUUGAAAAUUUUAUAUACUUUAUAAUGAUAGAAGUCCAACCGUUUUUUAAAAAAUAAAUUUAAAAUUUAACAGCAAUCAGCUAACAGGCAAAUUAAGAAUUUUACUUCUGGCUGGUGACAGUAAAGCUGGAAAAUUAAUUUCAGGGUUUUUUGAGGCUUUUGACACAGUUAUUAGGUAAAAAAAUAAAAUGUUCAAAGAUACGGAGCAGUGCCUAAUAUCUGGAGAGCAGCACUACCAUUUAUUCUUUCAUUUAUAGUUGAGAAAGUUUUUGAUGGUACUAACAAAGUGGUGGCAGGAGGUUUUGGAACGGCUGGUUUAAAUGGCUUCAGGAGACUUCAGUUUUUUGUUUAGCUACAUGAUUGAAUGCAUAAUAAAUGCUUUGUGCUUUUGACUAUCAAUACCUAAAGAAAGUGCAUCAAUGAAGAGAUGCAGGACUUUCAACUAGUUGGCAAAAAGCAAGCUUUAGCUUGUCUUACAGGAUGCUUAGUUUGCCAGUACACUUCAGACCAAUGGGACAGUCAUAGAUGGUGUGACAGUGUUUAAAGGCAACAAAAGGCUACAUUUCCAUGCAGCCAGCACUGUCAUGAGCCUCACUAGUAUUUUGAAGAUUUUUAAGCACUGAUAAAUUAAAAAAAAAAAAAUUAGACUCCACCUAAAGUAGUACAUAAGUAUAGCAGGACUUCUGUAUACUCUGCAAUCAGUUCUUUGGGAAAAAAAAAAAA